AGGCAGUAUCACAGAUUACACAAUUUACAUUCCUGUAAGCAAUGCAAUCAGCAUGUACACAUAUCUGCAACUCCCCUCUAAACCCCUUAAGGCCCCACUUUCUAGGGUUCCUCCCUCCCCAAUUCUCACCGCCCCACCUCAAUUUCACUCCAAUUAACCACUCACUCCGAUGCAUUUCGUGCGCCAAUCGGACCCCUAAGGGCACUGACAGAUUGAACGCCAGGGGCAAGGAUAACGUCUGGAGUGUCGAUAUCGAUACGGACAAGGGGAGAGAUGGGAGGAUUAGGAAGAAGAAGAGGGAGAGGAGAGUGAGGAAAGUGGCCAAGAAGAGUGGGGGGAGUGGGAAGGUUAUGGUGUCUGGCUCGGUUUUGAUGGAGGUUGAGACUGUUUUGCAGACUCAGGAACCUGUAAUUCGGCCUGCAUGGAACACAUUUUCCAGUAGCCUUAAUGGAAUUUGGAAGGGAGUGGGAGCAAUAUUUUCACCAAUAACUGCUGAAAUGGAGCCAAUUGAUGUGGGGAAAAAGGGUGAGCACUUAUUUGACUGCUACACUCUUUGUCAUAUAGAGACAGUGGGCUGCACUUCUGGGGAGCAGAAAUCUCAGAUCAAAAGGCGAGUUAAUUGGGUGACCUUGAACCCAUAUGGUGAGAAUCAUCAAUUGAAGGGAACUGAGAACAGAAGUAAAGAGAAAUAUGUACGUGAAGAUAGCUCCUCCCAGAAGAAAGUAUAUGAUGCAAAUACAGGAAAUCAUAUACUGCCAAAAUACGAGUCGUUUAACUUUGAAACAAGUGAUGUGAUGGAAGAUGAUGUCAUGAGUAUGGAACCUGGUCUUGUUUUCUUUGAGGAUGGAUCUUAUUCAAGAGGUCCUGUCAACAUACCAGUCGGUGAAGUUAGUGAGUCCGAGUACUUCCUAUCUCCUACUUUCAAGUUUGAGCAAUGCUUGGUUAAAGGUUGUCACAAAAGACUACGGAUUGCUCACACCAUAGAGUUCAGUAAUGGGGGAUCAGACAUCCAAAUCAUGAGGGUUGCUGUUUACGAGGAAGAGUGGGAUAGUCCUGUAAAUCUACCAGACCUCAGAGCCCUGAGCAAGAGCAUAGAGAACAUGGCGUAUGUCUUGUCUUGGAGACUGGAGGCCAAUCUUGCCAUUGAGUUUGAUUUGAAGCCAUUUUCUCAGAGGAAGAGAGUACAACCAUCACAGCUAGUUGGGUUCUGGAAAGUGUUUGAGAUGAGUGCUACACCAAUCUAUGGCGAGGAGACCAUAGCAGAGGAAGCCGAAGGUACAACCCCUUAUGUGUACCUUUGUACAGAAACAUUGAAGAAGAGGAACCUACCCGACAACCCAGUAUAUUUCGGGGAGGAAGAGGUGUUAGACAUGGCGGACGUUACGGUUCUCUGGCUACCUGGAGGCAUAACAAGUUAUGUAGAUGUGAACAAGGAUGGAGAUUUAUGCAUUGGAGUUGGCUGGUAUUCAGAUGAAGGAAUCAACCUUGUUAUGGAAAGGGAUUAUGGUCUAGAUGGAAAGCUCAAGGAAAUUAGAACCAAAUCCGAAGUAAAGAGAAGGUGGCCUGAAUAACUUUAGUACAUCACUUGGGCAGCUUAUAUAUUUUUUGGUCAAAUUGACAUAAGUAUUGUACAUGUGCUGGUGAUUUUGUACAUAUGCCAAGUCCUCUAAUGUAACAAAUUAUAAACAAUGGAUCGCGAUUGUCAUUUGUAUUAUGCAAAUUAUGAUAUGAAAAAGGGAAGCCUUUUCCUGAA